AUCAUUUCUGUAAUGGCUGCCCCCAUGGUGCGAGUUGACCACGAGUGAAUAUUCAUUGGAUCUGUUGUGUUUUAACUGUAUUUAAUUAAUUUUCAGAAAUGGGCGUGAAACGGAAAGUAUUUAGGAAGGAUCCACAAAAUUUGAAGCGUUUCAGAACAGAAAUAACUGAAUUAUUCGGCGAGGAAUUAAAAAGUUCAGAUCGGCAUGGAUCAAAAGGAAAGAAAGUGAAAGGAAGAAAACAAAAACGGAAGGAGAUGAAACAACUUAAGAAGGCCAGGAAGCUUGCUUUUAGUCAACACAAACCAAUGCCUACUCUAGAGACACAAUUCAAGAAGGAAAAGACAAUUGAAAGGGAAAAGAAACAGAAAGAAAAAAUCAAACAGAGGAAAAAGAAAGCUAAAGCAAAGAAGAAGGAAGAAAAGGAAAAGAUAUCAGACAUAAGGAAAAAGAACAUGGAGCUAGAGUUACGACAGGAGGAGAGGAUGUUGAAACAGCUCGAGAAACAGCUCCACCUCAAUAAACGCAAGAAGAAGACUCUUCCGCAAUCAUUUGUUGCUGAUGGACUUGACUAUCUUCUAGAUGCAGUAGAUGAGGAUAAAUUGAAGAAUGAUUUCGAGGAUAAGAACGACCUUGACUCGGACUUUGACAGUGACCAAGGUGACCUUGAAGAUGCAGAUCUGGGUUGGUUGAAAAGUAAGAAAAAGAAAGCUAGAUUGCAAGCAGAGAUGGAGAAUGAAGCAGAGGACGAAGAUGAGGAUGAGGAUGAUGAUGAGGAGGAGGAUGAAGAUGAGGAUGAAGAUGAAUUCAGUGAUGAAGAUGAAAUGAGUGACAAUGAAUUUGAUAAAAUAGAUGACAGGGAGAAAUUUUCAAGAGUAGAGGUAAUUCAGUCUUUAUCAACAGCAUCUGAUAUCAAAUCGAUUCUUAAGUCGAGUGACAAAUCCUCACUCGCUAAGAAACAGAAAAGUGAAAACCGAGUUAAAUUCCCAGAGAGUGUUGCUUCAAAAAUGCCUGACUCUGAAACUCACGGCAUGGACAACAGUGAUAAUGACCCUUACUUUAGCGAUGAGAGUGAGGGGAGUGAAAAAAUUAACGAAGAGGAAAAAAAGGACAAACUGAAUAAAACUCCAGAGCUGAAGGAGGAUAUAUAUGGCCGCUUACGGGAUGCACAAGGCAACGUUGUACAAGCCUCAACAGUCAGUGGGACAUAUGUACCCCCAGCAAAGCGCCUUGCCAUGGCAGGAGGGGACGAGAAACACAAAAUACGCUUAGACAGGCUACGGAAACAGCUCAAGGGUCUCGUUAACAGGGUUAGUCAGGCAAACAUCAAUCCGAUCAGUUCUCAGAUUGAGGAGAUCUACCGCACAAACAGCCGAGCAGAAAUGAAUGAAACCCUCGCCGAGAUUAUCCUGGAUGCCUGCGUGUCUGUCGUUAUCACGCCGGAGAGGCUUGCCAUGGAGCUGAUGAUGCUGCUGGCCAUUCUCCACGGCAACGUGGGCAUGGAAGUGGGUGCAACGUUCACUCAGACAUUGGCGGAGAGGUUCUCGUCCUGCUGUAGCCAAUCAGAUCGAUACGGUGAAGGAAAGGAAGUAGACAAUAUUGUACUGCUCUUUUCCUACCUUUAUAACUUCAAGAUUAUACACAACAUACUCAUCAUGGACUUGAUCAAGAAGUUUGUGGCAGCAUUUCAGGAGAAGGACAUUGAACUGCUGCUUCUUCUACUAAAAAACGUGGGAUUCAGCUUGAGAAAGGAUGACCCUAUGGUACUGAAGCAGGUUAUCCAGGACAUCCAGACAAAGGCUAGAGACGUCGACACAAGUCACUUUGAGGAAAAGACGCGGGUUCGCUUCAUGCUGGACACACUGUUAGCCAUCAAAAACAACAACAUGAGGAAAAUCCCAAACUAUGAUCCUGAUCACUUGGAACAGCUGAAGAAACAAACGCGGGUUUAUUUACGAGGUCACGGUCUGGGAGUGGGACAGCUGCGGAUCAGUCUAGACGAUCUUCUCCAGGCAGAUGCCAAAGGACGUUGGUGGGUUGUGGGGUCGGCCUGGGUAGGACGAGACCAACAGCAGCCAGAUUCAGAUGAGGUUGCCAAGACAACAGAAAUGAACCAAUCGCUGGAGAUCAUGAAGAGCAGCAGCAGUAAGAUCCUUGAGUUGGCACGGAAACAGAGAAUGAACACGGACAUCCGUCGUAAUAUUUUCUGUACCAUCAUGUCCAGUGAGGAUUUUGUGGAUGCCUUUGAGCGGUUGUUGAGGCUGGGACUGAAACAUCAACAGGAAAGGGAGAUAAUCCAUGUCAUCUUGGACUGCUGUCAACAGGAAAAAUCCUUUAACCCAUUCUAUGCCUACCUCCUUCAGAAGUUCUGUGAAUAUGACAGGAGGUUUCAGAUGACAUUCCAGUUCACAAUGUGGGACAAGUUUAAGGAGAUGAGUAACCUGUCUGAGCGUAACCGUGACAACCUGGCUCGGAUGGUGUUGCAUCUCCUGGCAACCAAGGCUGUGUCUCUCUCUUUAUUCAAGGUUGUAGAAUUCGGCAGCUUAGAUAAAAUCAUGGUGCGGUUUAUGAAGCAAGUGUUUCGGGGACUUCUACUUGAUCACCCCGAGGAUGCGAUUGAAGCAUGUUUUAUGCGGAUUGCACCUCUCACCAAACUGCAUAUGUUACAUGAAGGACUUAAAUUAUUCAUGCAACAUUUCCUUUUGAAGAAAAGUUCUGCGGAAAUGAAGGACUAUGCAUUGUUGAAAGAUCGAGUUUCAUUGGCUGACCGAGCACUAUCCUCUAGCCAAUCAAAAAUGCUGUUAUAAAUAUGCAGUAUACAUCAACGAAUAUUAAAUACUUUUACAAAU